CCUGCCUGGGGGUUUGCACCUCGGGCUGGGAGCCUGGCAAACCCUUUCCCCUCGGGGAGGAGCAGCAGCCGGGAGGGCAAGGGAGCGCAGCCGGCCCUUCCCUGGCCCCCCGGCCGAGCUGGGCUGGUCUCGGCUGGGACCCCGCUGUUCCCCGGCUCCCCCUGCCAGCGCUCGCAGCGGCCGGAGCGCGGCGGUUGCCCCGCGCAGGAAGAAAGCCUGGGCUCGCACGCUCGCAAACCCCCUGCAGCGCACGGGGGCUGAGGAAGGGUCGCCAGCUUCCCCCCUGCCGAGGCGACGGCUCGGGGAUGCUCGCUGCCUGCCUCGGCGCCCAGCCUGCUGCGGCUGAGCCGGUGCUGGAGGCGUGGUGAGCAGAGGCCAGAGGUCCUGCCCCGACUCCUCCGCUGCAGUCGCGGCUGGUCCCCAGCCCACGCAGACAUGUCCCCCGGGCGGUGCCACUGGAGCCUCGGCUCCCUCCUUCUGCUCCUCGGGGGAAACCUGGGUGUGCACGUCAACAUCCAUCAGCAUUUGACCAGCGGCACCGUGGGUCAGUCCGUGCUCCUGCCCGUCUCCUACAGAUUUGAUGGUGAGCCUCAACUCCCGAUGUCGAUUUCCUGGGGUUUCAGUGACAGCACGGACAAAGUCAUCACCUGCUCAGUGGAGAACUGCUCCCUGGGUGCUGGUGGGGCUCCCAGCAGCUGCUCUGCAAACGUUUACCGCCACGGCAAGUACCGUGACCGCGCUGAGGUCUUCCCCGAGAACGGGUCCCUGCUGCUGCGGGACCUGCAGCUCAGUGACAGCGGGGUUUACACUGUCACCUUCGCUCCCCCACGCAUAACCCGGGACAUCAAGCUGACAGUGCACGAGCAGUGUAUCCGCCCUCACCCCGCAGGGGGAAACCUGAGUGUGCACGUCAACAUCCAUCAGCAUUUUACCAACGGCACCGUGGGUCAGUCCGUGCUCCUGCCCGUCUCCUACAGAUUUUGUGGUGACCCUCAACUCCCGAUGUUUAUUUUCUGGACUUUCAGUGACAGCACGGACAAAGUCAUCACCUGCUUAGUUUGGAACUGCUCCCUGGGUGCUGGUGGGGCUCCCAGCAACUGCUCUGCAAACGUUUUCUCCCACGACAAGUACCAUGACCGCGCUGAGUUCUUCCCCGAGAACGGGUCCCUGCUGCUGCGGGACCUGCAGCUCAAUGACAGCGGGGUUUACACUGUCAGCUUCCAUCAACCACACGUAACCUGGGACAUCAACCUGACAGUGCACGAGCAGCGUUUCACCCCUCACCACACAGGUGAGUGCCCCACGGUGCUAACCUACAACUAUUACUAUGUAAUUGGAAUUUGUUCUUCAAUCUUCCUCCUCCUGCUGUUCCUGAUCUUCUGGUACAUACAGCACCGGGGUGCAGCUCAGAAGAAGAGGAGAAUCAUUAAGGAACAGCAGGUCUCAAGCAGGGAGGAGUCCUACGUGGAAAGCGCUGUGAUGAGGAACGUGAUAACCGUUUAUGACACCAUUGGAGGCAGCUUUGAACAGCCACAGCCGAGACCAACAUCAGAGGUCAUGUACACAACCAUAACUUCUAGUCCGCAAAGGCUGGAUGCUGGAACCUCCUCGUUUGACUCUGGGAACCGCCUCAAGCGGGAGUUUUGCAGAAAGUAGUCGUUACUCAAAGCAAAGGCAAUGUUUUUGUCACUGAUGCUGUCUCUGCUGAUGCUGCACCCUCGGGGCUCCCCCUCCAGCAGCUCCGCACUCUGAGCCUAGGCUGUAAAGGAUUUGGAGCAGCUGAGUACAGAAAUGCAUUAGUUUUGCCUCAAACUGCAGUCUCUCUUGAAUUUCAGGGAUGAGCUGGCUUUAGUUUCUCCUUGAGACUUCCUGAGAGUACAAAGACACCCGGCGUAAGAGGAAGAUGCCUAAGGCAAAGGCAGAUCAACAGUUCAUCCAUGGGAAGCUUCCUUCCAUAGGCUCACCUUAAUCUGAGGGGUAACGGAGAGCGUUAAUUGGAUUUUAAUCCUGUGUCCCGGGCUCACUACCAAUAGUCUUGUCAUAUUAAAAGAAUGUAUGAAGAUUCUUUGACCUGAAAAGUUGUCCUUAUUUUUUAUAAGUAUGCCAAGUGACUGUUGAGCAGACUCUUCCUGCAGUGAAAUUUGCUCGGCCUCGGGAUCCCAGGGCAACAGGUUCCUCCACUGUUGUGUGGGGAAAUGUCUCUCUGAAGGAGGUGGGGCUUUCUGUACAACGCUUUUCCUGGCACAUAGUGCCGUUUCCUCAAAGCUGCGUGCAUGGGUGGAGAAGGCUGAGCCGUGUAAUUCUAGUGUAAAACUAAAAGGCCGCGUCUCGCCCAGCAGUGCCAGUGUUUUCAGGCAUCUUUAAGGUGCAGCGAGGGCAUAUGUUGGUUUUACUUCCCUCUGGGUUUCAUGGAAAGCCAGUUAGUACGUACCAAAGCAUGGGGCCCCGUCAGAAAUGAAGGAGUGCUACAAAACGGGGAGAGCUCUUGGCGUCUCCCAGCCGCGGCCGCUGUCGGCGCACGCAGAGAGGGCCAGGCUGCGGGGCAGGGCUCCCUCGGACAGCCCGCCGAAGCCGCCUCUCUCCCUGCUUGGGUGCUCCUCUGUCGCCCGGGGUGACGUGCAAGAGGGAUGAUGCUGAAGACGAUGUUCAAAGCGCCAAGCACAAGGAGCCUGCUCCCACCUUCCCUCCUGCCCUCCUCCCUCCAGGCGGGAAGGAGAGAGCAGCCAACGCCUCCAGCCGCUCCAAUGCCCCUCUCUGCUGUUAGCGAGGGAAGAAACUUGUUUCUGGAGAGAGAUGCAGCGGCACAUGCAGUUUUCACUUUCCGCUCACCUGCAUCUCCAGCUGAGUGUCCUCCAGCCCCUCUCCUGGCACUGGGUGGAAGACCUGCCCCAGGGCCUGGCUGCUCUGCUCUCAGAAAGCCCUGCCAGCUUCAGAGAAGAGACGGGUUUUGUGGUUCAGUGAAGGCACAGAAGCUGGAAACUUGCAUUAAGUAAAGACAGAUCUACUGCUGUGGUUAAUGUGAGGCCUUAAGUAGCAGGAGAGAUGAAAGUACUGAAAAAGCAAAGAAGCAGCAAAUAAGUACACAGGAAAUAUGACUGUCACUCCUGGGGCUGAAGCGUGUAUGGUCACUGCCUUACUGACAGUCCACUCGGUAGAGCUGGGGGUCUGUCUCUGCCCCGCUACCGAAGGGCUUUGGAAGCGCCAUCCUUGGGGAGCGUGCAAGGGCAGGGGAGGGCUGCUCAGGGCACAGGUUUGGUCCUCAGCACCUGCCAGCAGCCACGGAACCCAGUGAAAGGGUCAGCAGAAUAACUGCUUAGCCUCCCCCUGCAUCUGGCAAGCCACAAAAUAAUCUCAGCCCUGGAGAAAAAUGAAGACCUAGAACUGAAUUCACGUGUCCUGAAUUCGCGGUAAUCACCGCGAAACACAACUGCCCCAUUUCCAGCAUCUGUGUCUCCCAGAGCAGCCUCUCCUUCCUCGAGAGAGCACCUCUGGGGAGCCCGGCCCACGUGCUAUGGGGACACUCCAGGCUGAGCCGCUGCUUCCAGAAGAUAAUCCCAAGAGACAGGAGCAAGCCCCGAUCCUCUGCACCUCUGUGAGUCUGCAGGAAAGCUUUUUAGAUGUUGCAGGGCAUGCACAGACCGUCCUGUACCUCCCCUGUCCUGCGCUGUUCUCCUCUGCUUUGCACGGUGGUGCUUCUGGUUGCUUCAUACCGCGCGGAGCCGAGUGACGGCGGAGGGCGAGGGAAGCUCAUUGCCGUGGAGCUGCGCACGCCCUGAGCUGCUGGUUUGCUUUGGACGUCUGUCUGGGCCUGCGCUUCCGCGGGGGAUGAAACCCUCCCUGCGGGACUCGGGGCUUGGCGUCGCACCAGGCGCUGUGGCACCCCUGCGGAGCGGGCUGCCCUCAGUUCCGAUGUCUUCCCGGGCUACAGGAAUGAGGUAAGCUAUGACCAACAGUCCUGCUUAACCAGGAGUCGGCUACGGGAAACUUGUGACGCUUCGUGUGCUGCUGACAGGCUGCUGGGGGUAUAAAAAUGGAAGUUGGGUUAAGCGACCAGCUAGGUCACAGCAACGUCACUCUUGGAAUGAAAUUGUGCUUUGGCCAUCAGUGCAAAGGCAGAUCUCUCCCUAGUUAUGCCCGAGAUAAGCUGAAAACAGCAGAAAGUGAAGUUUUGCAAGAGUUUCCAGAAUUCUGCUUUAUCCUUCUGCUUUUUUGGUAAGUUUGGGAGGUAGAGAGGAAGGGGAACCUCAUACGUUGGACUCAGACCAACUGUUGCGGCUCGGUGUGAAAAUAUAUAAGCACGUGAUGGGCCAGAUAGAUAAAGGAGCGCUGCCUGGGAGAUUACUCCGCCACCGAGCUGUCGUGCCAAACUGGCCGGUUGAUUUAGUACGGGUUUUAUUUUGGACUUGGAAAACAGAGCUAUCGAGCAAAAUUCACCUGACGGGCUGGCGUGUUUCUGUAUACAAAGUGCUUAUGGUACAAGGCUUAUCUCUGAGCAGGAUGCUGGUGUGGGCUCGACGAGCUGUAGCAUGAAGGCAUGCUAUGGUUCUUGUGGCUUACUGGUCCCCCUCAGCCCCAUCAGAGCCACUGCUGGGAACGACCCUUUUCCCAGGGGUGAAACCUGCUGUCUCUUUAGGCUUAUUUCCCAUCAAUAACUAGCGUCGGCUUUUGAAAGACGCCUCUCUGGGGCCGGAGCCAGUGGUGCGGAGGGUGAGGAGCGCUGCCCUGGCUGGAGGGAGCCGCGCACGGGGCUGGCCCCUCUCUGGCUGGGUGAGCUGGCGGCGGCGUGGAGACGAAGGGCGUGGAGGGGUCUCAGUGAGCUCAUCUAGACCAAAGGGCAAAUGCAGCACCUUCCUGGCCUUUUCACAGAAAACCGCAGUUUUCACAUUUGCUUUAACACGCCCAUAGGAAGACUGAGCUUAGUUUCUUUCUGGAAACUCACUUGGUUUUUUUUUUCCUCUUGAAUCAAGCUAAAAUUCAAUUUCUUCCAUGCUCAGCUUGUCUCAGGCCUGAUUAGGGGGAAGGCUGUCUUUUGGCUGGACUGCAGGUCCAGGAUUUGGGGCGAUGGGUUUAACAGGAACUUCAGCAUCUGAUUCUGGAAGCAAAGUGCCACUUGCACUCAUUUUUCUGCCUGCUGUGUAACGUGCAUGUCGUUUGCUGAAUGUGUCAACCAGGAAAAACGGGCUCUUCUAUGACACGCCUGCUCGGGAGCUCCCAAACUUUGCUAUAUUUGCUUUAGCCCAUGCGCCCUUGCCACCAGCGGCUGCUCUUCCCACCAGGCAGCUGGGCUGGAAAGCAGUACAUGCACCUCUGGGGAGAGGCAAGCGUCUGCUGGUUGCUGGCAAGAUGCUCCACUAGGACUAAUUACGUGCAGAUUUGUGCCUAGACCUGCCCUCGGCGCUGGCCGGUAUGGUAACGGGGCAACGGCAUUUGUGGCACCGAGCUGUUGAAAUUCUGCACUUUUUUGGUAGACUGCAAGCUUAGCCCGGGGGAGGAGAAAGCAGGCCCUGCGCUCGCCUCCUCGCGCAGCUGAGCAGCUGUGAAGUCCUCGCAGCAAGCCCGCAGCUCUUCUUGCAGCUCCAGAGACCGCGCGCCUGCAGGGCUGCAGCCAGGGUCUCGCCUCUGCGGGAGGAAGAGCACACUGUGUGCAAAACGGGGAGGAAACUGCAGAAAUUAAUGGGGAAAAAAAGAAAAGUGAGAGGAGACAAGACUGGCCGCAUUUGCUCCAUGACGCUCUUCAUGCUUCGCUGUUUCUACCUUCUCCUCUCCACCUCUUUGCUCACCCUGAGCUCCCACCACAGAAGACAUUUGGCCUUUGCCCACACUGUGUCUGCCAUCCCUGUGUCUAACCCACAUCGCAGCCGUACCGGCUGCUUCAGCCUUUUCAUUUCCUUCUCUGAGCAGCUUCUUCACAGGGCUUUUGCCCUCCAGGCCCGUCCUUGUUUGUUCUUUAAAGCUUGUAAAGGUCAGUGUGGCUUUCCUUGUGGCUGCAAAUGGCUUGGUGCUUGCAGAUCUCAGGUGCUCGCUGGCUGCGUCGCAGAGCAAGCUUCCUCCGGCUGAAUACCAGUAGCCUUGUAUUUUAAAGACUUCAAGCGGCACACCAGUCCUCGCAACAGCCUUGCUGCUUGUCAUCAUUUAUUCUUCCAUGUUUCAACCCAUCCCAGGCCCAUGUGGCUGAAUAUCACCCUUUGAGACAGCUGCUGAACGGGUGGGAGGCCUGGCGACAAAGGACAUGGCCGAGGCACCCGAUGCCGCCUUCAGCUCGGUUUUUAUCAGUAAGUCUGGCCUUCAGCGGUCCAAGGGCCCGGAGAAAGCCCACAGCGAGGACUCCCUCUGCGGCAGAGGAUCAGGUUAGGCAGCGCUUAAGCAAACCGGACGUGCCAAUAGGCCCUGAGAGGAUGCGCCCAUGAGUCCUACGGGAGCCGGCUGGCAGCAUGGCGAGACCACUCCUGAUAAUCUUUGAAAGGUUGUGGCAACUUGGCAAGGUUUCUGAAGACUGGAGGAGAGCUCCUGUCCUCAGAAAGGGGCAACAAGGAGGACCCAGGGAACUACAGGGCAGUCAGCUGCACCUCCGUCCCCGGGCAGGUGAUGAUGCAGCUAAACCUGGGAACCAUUUCCCAGCACGUGAAGGACAAGAAGGUGAUCAGGAGGAGUCAGCAUGGAUUUAUGAAUGAGAAAUCCUGCUUAAUCAACCUGAAAGCCUUCUGCAAUGAGGUGGCUGACUUGGUGGGUGUUGUCUACCUUGACUUUAGUAAGGUUUUUGAUACCAUCUCCCAUAGCAUCCUCACAGAGAAGCUGACAAAGUAUAGGUUAGAUAAGUGGAUUUAUCAGUUUCGUGGGUUGAAAAUUGGCUAAACAACCAGACCCGGACACAGUCCUGGGCAACCUACUCUAGGUGACCCAGGUGGCUUGGACUAGUUCUAACCUCAGCUCUUCUGUCAUUCUGGGAUUCGGCCGCAUUAUUUGUUUAGAGGGAAAAAGUGCCGCAGUUGUCCCCUGUAUAGGGGUUGCUCAGAGCCUAGGGGAUGCAUUUCAUGGCUACCUGAGCUGAUUUAAAGUGACGAACACAGCACAGUCAAGAUUACACUUGUCUGCCAAGGCUUCAAGCUGCACCUCUCUGCAUGUGAGCAGGCUGGAAGAGCUUGCUGUCAGCAGGUUUCCCAGAGCCGGGACUCCAGACACCACCUUCUUCACUGGGACUGAUCAGGUGAAUCUGACUCCUUUUUUACUGAUUGCUGUUUUUUUCUCAUUUAAUCCUAGGCAGAGAAUUUUAGGGGACACACACGGACACACACACACUCCCCCCAUAUGCAAAGCUCUGCACAGACACCUCUGCUGAGCGCCCGCAGGAAUAUCGGUGAUGGCCAGGAGCACGCUGGCCACCGCAAAGCCUGACUGCCCCAGCACCCUCCUGUCCAGCUCAGUAGUUUUGUGGGCAGGACACGAGUCCUUCCCCAUUGCCCUAGGGUGUAGGGGGGCGGCAGCUGGUCUCCUCCAGCCUGGGGACCGCAGAAGGGGGUGAGCAGCCAUCAGCUGCUCCGUGCACGUGCCUCCUGCAUCCUGGGCUUGGUCCUGCUGGGCGUCGGGGGGCCUCCGACUGCUGUCUGCAACUGGGGUGCUGGGGCUGACCGGAAAAUGCAACUCUUUCAUCCCUACGCUUCUGAUUUCUAGCAGAGACUGACAAUGGCUUUGGGGUUGCAGCAGCGUGGGAGCGGGAAGAGAGAAGGCCCUGGGGUUGUGCUUACAGGCAGCCUGUGGCAUGAGUUUCGCUUCUGCUGAUGGCUGCCUGCUCUUCUUAUCUCCCUCCGACCACAAUAAGCUGCACUGGCCCAAAGUGGCAGGUGUGCAAACACCUCCUCGCAGCCAAUAUUUACAGGUUUGUGCUGCUGUAUUCGCUGGUUGGUCUCUCCCAGCCCCUCAAAGAUGCAGGGUACAACACAAGUGCCGGAAAAGCUUUUAAAAUACUUGUGAAAGGAGUUAGGCGCUAGCAGAAACCUGCCUCCGUUUUUCAUUUAGUUUAUCUAAGAUUAAGUAGAGAAUAUGUUUUUAAAGGUUCCUUCCAGUGACCUGGAAGGAUUGGUGUGGACAGCGUGGCUCGACUGACAAAAAUUACUCUUUGGAGCAGUUAAAAGAAGAGGUGGAUAUGGAUGAUGGGGACAUGGUGGGAGCGGCAGGUGGGCAACACUCGUCUACGGUAGCUCAUCCCUCCUGCAGGCAAGUGAAAUGUCGGCCUGGAGAAUGAAAGUUCCAUCCUUCAGUGUCUUUCUGAAGCCACCUUCGGGUGGAUGGUCACCCCAAACAUUGCUGUUGCACGUUGAUGCAUUCGCCGCGGCUGCCAAGGGCUACCCAAGAAAUGUGCUGCUCCGGAGAUGGAACAUCCCUGAGGAAAGGACAGAGCUGUUGUUCCUGUUCAUAAAUUGCUUUUUCCUGCUCGUGUCUUGCGCCCAUGCCUUUGCACUGCUUUCUGUUGCUUUUAGCUUCUCAGACGUCCCAAUCUCACGUAAACCGCGUGCAGAAUGCAGCAGCCCUUUGCUGCGACGACAAAGUGCCAAGGGAUGCGUGAUACGACCCCGCAAAUACCUGGUCCUGCGUUGCGGAACUAAGCGGACGGGAACAGAAAACCUGUACUCUGCUGGGCACGGAGAGAAAGAGAAGUUAAAUUAAAAAUGAAAAUGCCCAGUUGGCCACAAGAAAACAUGAAAGGCAGAAUCUGAGUGGGAGCACAAAAAAAAAAACCAACCCACCCAAAACCCCCAAAUCCAAACCAAAAACUCUCCUUGGCAUACAGUCUGUACUGAGCUAGCUGUAAGCUCCACUUGUCUUAAAGGUGGUUGUCCUUCCUGACCGAAAAUGCAGCGAGGUGGGUGUUGGUCUCUGCUCCCAGGUCACCAGUGACAGGACGAGAGGGAACGGCCCCAAGCUGCGUCAGGGGAGGGUUAGGUUGGG